CAUUUAGUUGGGCCUCGGAUGUGGAUGUGCGCGGAUCGAGCGCUGCUCUCUAAACUCGGGGCGGAAUGGCGCAAUUCAUAAACACUCUACUGAUUGCUGUUCAGCUUGUGCACAUAGUUUUAGGUGCGAAUAUUCUGUGUUUAUUCGGAGUCGCUAGUCCAAGUCAUCACAUAUGGAAUCGGGCAAUUGUAGACGCGCUGGCGGUGAAAGGUCACAAUAUCACGGUCCUUUCGGCGGACAUCGAGAAAGAUGCCCCCGCCAAUGUUCAUUAUGUGGAGCUGGAACAAACUUAUCCUGAACUGUACAGUGGACCGCAUAAUAUUGACCUCAUGGAGAUGGCGAGAGAAAACAUCUUCAAUGCGAUUGUGUCAUUUUAUAGAGAUUUCGUUAUUUUGGAGUGCAGUGGAGUCCUCAAAUCUGAAGGAUUGAAGUUUGUGAAAAAUUACCCCGAUAAUUUUACAUUUGACCUUGUAAUAUACGAUAUGACGUGUGGUGGUUGCAUGAACGGACUGAUUCAUAAGUUUAACUAUCCUCCACUGGUUAGCGUAACGGCAUUCAGUAACCCACCCUACGUUACGGACGUAAUUGGAGGGCACAAGCAUCCAGCUUAUAUACCGUUCUUCUCCCUACCUUAUGGCAGCGAUAUGACAUUUUUCCAACGAGUCGAAAAUACGCUUUUAUACUCGCUGAUUUUCUGUUUUUAUCGCAAUUACGUCAGUAACCCGAAGCUAGACGCUAUGGUGAGAGAAUAUUUCCAGUACGAUGAUCUUCCCUACGUUCCGGACAUAGACCGUCUAUCGAAGAUUAUUCUAGUCAAUGCACACUAUUCAAUAGACUUUCCUGAAUCCGCUCCACCUAAUCUGAUCUCGGUUGGCGGAUUGCAGAUAAAGGAAGCCAAAAAGUUACCGAAAGACAUUGAAGAUUUUAUUGUCGCUGGUAAGAAGGGUGCGGUUUUGUUCUCAUUAGGAUCAAACAUCCGAUCCGACCAGCUUGGUCGUGAGCAGCAGUCCAUGUUCAUCGAAGCGAUGCGACGAAUUCCGGACUAUAAUUUCUUGUGGAAAUUCGAGUCUGAUUUGAUCUUCGAUUUGCCGAAAAAUGUUAUCAUUAGAAAGUGGCUACCACAGAAUGAUAUCCUGGCCCAUCCCAAAACCAAGGCAUUUAUAAGUCAUUCCGGUAUGCUCAGCACCCAUGAGGCGACUUGGCAUGGAGUACCCAUAAUCGGGUUGCCGUUCAUCGCCGAUCAACAUCGGAAUCUUCAACGAUGCAUUCGCCAAGGUGUGGCGGAAAAAUUAGUGCUGCAAACGCUAACAACCGAGCAAAUACGAAGCACUGUUUGGAAGGUGCUGGAAACGCCCAGUUAUCGUAAAAAUAUGCGCAAGGUUUCCGCACUGUUUCGCGAUCAGCCGGAACAACCGAUCACGCGUGCCGUCUGGUGGAUCGAGUGGGUUUUGCGGCAUCCCGACGAUGAUAGCCUGCGAUCACCUGUUCUGAAGCUAGGCUUCCUCAGAAGUAACCUUGUCGAUGUAGUUGGAUUCCUAGUAUUGGUGCCAACCGUUUUGCUGGUAUUAAUUGUAACGAAGUGUGUUCUUCGACGGUGUAAAAGUGGUGUGGCGAAGAAGCAGAAGCAGAAUUGAAUCGUUGUUCAUAAUGUGGCAUUCGAAUCACCAAAGAUAUCAGGAUAUCUUCUUGAGUAUUUGCUAACUUACGAAUAUGUAUUUUGAGUUUUUGUUAUGUUUUUUAGUUCAUCAAACACGACUUUUUUGUGUAUUUAUUUUCUGCUCGAUGUCCGCUUAUCAUUUUGAAUAAAAACUGUUCAGAGAACAAUCCAUGCAAUGUUUAAA